AUGUUGAGCGUGUUGUGUUUUAAGGUUCUGAGGAAAAUGCAGAGACGGCACAGCAGCAACACGGACAGUGCUCCUCCUGAAAGAAACCGGAGCCAAACAGUCAGUUCUGAAACCAGCGUGGAUGAAAGUGGAGUGUUUGAAAGUCUGAAGGCUGAAGCUUCCUCACCACAACAGCUGUUCUCAGGCCUGGCAGGUAUCCCGUCGGGCACCAUCACAGCCACACCGUUCCAGUCAGGUUUGGUUCUGGGCUCCUCAGCAGGAGGUGGGGAAGUGUUCAUUCAGAUGCCAGCCCCCCGGGAGGAAGGGACCAGUCGUACUGAAGGAGCCCCGUUUCACCACCGGCAGUCGUCCCAUCACUUCCACCACGGCCACCACCGGGGUUCUUCUCUGCUGCACAUGGCAGGAGGGGACCGCCAUGGGCACACUGAGGAGGGCAGUGAGGAACAGGCUGGGACUCCAGCCCCAGCUCUGUCAGAAUUAAAAGCUGUGAUCGGUUGGCUGCAGAAGGGUCUUCCCUUCAUCUUGAUCCUCCUGGCUAAAGUUUGUUUCCAGCACAAGCUUGGGAUCGCCGUGUGCAUCGGCAUGGCCAGCACCUUCGCCUAUGCCAACUCCACACUCCGAGAGCAGGUUGCUCUGAAGGAGAAGAGAUCAGUGUUGGUUGUCUUGUGGAUCCUGGCCUUUCUUGCUGCAAACACCUUGUACUUGCUUUACACAUUCAGUUCUCAGCAGCUGUACAACAGCCUUAUAUUCCUGAAACCGAACCUGGAGAGGCUGGACUUCUUCGACCUGAUGUGGAUUGUAGGGAUUGCAGACUUCAUACUCAAGUACUUCACCAUUGCCUUGAAAUGCUUGAUUGUUGCCCUGCCUAAGAUCAUCCUAGCUGUCAAGUCCAAGGGAAAGUUUUACCUGGUGAUUGAGGAGCUGAGCCAGCUGUUCCGCUCCCUUGUCCCCAUCCAGCUGUGGUAUAAGUACAUCGUGGGAGAUGAUCCAUCCAGCAGCUACUUCCUAGGUGGGAUCCUAAUCAUCCUGUACAGCCUCUGCAAGUCCUUUGACAUCUGUGGUCGUGUGGGAAGUGUCCGGAAGGCACUGAAGGUCCUUUGCACCCCACAGACCUAUGGAGUCCGUGCCACCAGCCAGCAGUGCAGUGAGGCAGGUGACAUCUGUGCCAUUUGCCAAGCAGAAUUCAGGGAACCUUUGAUCCUUAUGUGCCAGCACGUGUUCUGUGAGGAGUGCCUCUGCCUCUGGUUUGACAGGGAGAAGACCUGUCCUCUUUGUCGUUCUGUCACCGUAGAAACCCUGCGGUGCUGGAAGGAUGGCACCACCUCUGCUCAUUUCCAGGUGUAUUAA